GAGCAGGAGGAAGAACUAUUGUUGCAUUGGAAGAACUAGUGCUGUCUGCUCCACUCUAAUGUUUAGUACGCGAUGCGGAAACAUUGAUUUUCUCAUCAGACAUGAACAACACCAUGGAAGAUGGACUUGCGCCACAGCCAGUUUAUGCUGUGGUCUUUGGCUGUAUUAUGGCAGUGGGUCUGCCUCUCAAUGCUGUGUCACUGUGGAUUCUUCUCAGACAUCACAGCCUCCAAUCCCCCAGUGCUGUCUUCAUGGUCAACCUGGCAAUCUCAGACCUGCUGCUCGUCAUCUCCUUGCCUAUGAGGGUCUACUUUUACGCUACCGGCACCUGGCCACUGAGCGCUAUGGCGUGCCUCUUGAUCUCAAUGAGCUUUCGCAACAACAUCCGCUGCAGUUCCAUCUUCAUCACCUUCAUCUGUAUGGAUCGGCUCCUGGCUGUGGUUUUCCCCCUGAGGUCACGCCAUCUCCGAACCUCCUCCAACACCUGGAAAGCUGCCGCGCUUGUUUGGCUGUGUGUGGUGGUGGUGAACAUCCCAGAGAGCAUCAACUUUUCAGAAUGUUUACAAAACUUAACUGAAUCGGGCCGCAAUGCAACCUGUUUUGAAUUUCCUCGCAAUCCUAGUCCUAACAGAUCACCAAUACAAUAUUUUCAGCCUGUGUUAGUGUUCACCAUGCUGACUAUCAAUGUUGUGUGCACCGCUCUGGUGUCUUGGACUCUAAGCAAACGUCUCAGUGACUCUGCAAAGGUCAACAACAAGGUGAAUGUCAUGCUGAUUUUUGUCAUGAACUUGGUUAUGUUUACCGUAUGUUUCUUGCCUGUGUCGGUCGGUCUGCUUACAGCUGAUAAAACUGUGUUAACGCCCUUGGUAUGUCUUGCUGCUGUAAACUGCUGUCUGGAUCCACUGUUAUAUUACUUUUCUCUGGAUGCCUUUUGGAAGAAAAAGGAGGAUGUAGAGCUUGCAAGAGAACAGUAGACAAAGGACACAUAUUUCAUGAGAUGGCAUCAUAUUUUCCAAUUUCCCUUUUUUUUCGACCAAAAAGCUAUGCAAUAUGCUAAUUUGGCUUCAAGUUUGACACUGCGAUGGAUUCGAUGACAAAAUCAACAAUGGUCGUCUCUUUCAUGAAAUGUUUGUGAAUCUAAAAGCCACCCUCCACUCUAUGUUUUUCUUCUUGUUCCUACAGUUGGACGUUUGAUUCUCACUGUGCAGAAUGAUGUAUGUGCAGAGUUUGACACUAGAAGGAUGGUUUGUGCCAAAUUCAUUUCAAAGUAUCUCUUGAAACUUGUAAAUGGUCUUUUUCAGUCAAGUCAGACUUGAACUCCUAAGCCUGAAGUCUGCAAGGAAAUGUGUGUUUGCAUGUUUGACACCCAAGAUGGUUUUCCAGCUGUUGUGAAAUAAAGGGUACCAAAGGAUUUGAGUGAAAAACAACACAUAACUCUCAUUUUAGCACCAUCCUUUUCUCAUCAUAUCACUGGAUUGUUUUUGUAAUAACACUGUUUGACUCGCGUUCUAUGUUAUAAAUCCUUUGAUGUGA